AUGCGGCCGCCCAACCGGAGCGGCGGCCCGGCUGACGUCACAUCGUCGCGGCGCGGUUGGCUGCGGCGGGCGCGGGGCGGGGCCUCGGCGGGGCUUAAAAGGCCGAGCGGGGCGCGCGCGGGCGGCAGAAGCGCGUCGAGGCGAGCGGCGGCGUCGUCGUCGUCGUCUGUGGCGAGGCGGCCCCUCGUCCUCCGGACGCCCCCUCAGCCCUUGGCCGCUCCUCCCGGCGCUGCUGCGAGGCCGGGCGGCCGGCGGAUGCCAUGGAGAGGGGCCCGGCGGCGCUGCUGCAGGUGAGACCCGGUGACCUUCGCGGGGCGGGGGAGCUGAGGGGAGCCGGACGGCCUACCUGCCUGCCUGCCUGCCUUCUUUGCCGGGCAGGGAGAGGCGGCAGCGGCCCCCAACCACCCUGAGGUAACUCGGGAACGGGCGGGGGUCGCGCGCCGAGUGACGUCUGUCAAGGGAGACGGGGCCUCUGGGACUCCCCGCCACAAGGUCCCGCCGCGCGACCCGGAGCCGCCUCUCAGCCGCGCUGCUCCCGGGCAGAGUUAUUGGGUGGCCCCCGAAGGGUCUCCCCUCUCCCACUUGCUCCAUUAGGGUGGUUGUGUCUGUGGGGUUUUUUUUCCCUUGGGACGCCCCCCCCCAAGGGGGCAGCGCUUGGGCUUUGGAGGAGAAGGGGGCGGGAGGCAGGAGGGCAUGGAUGGCAUGCCAGGAUGGGCAGAGCAUCCUUUCUCCAUCCCGCCUCCCCCCAUUCUUCCUUGGACUGCCAGCUGAUCCAGGGGCCGAUCCAGCAAGGUUCAGGUGGAAGAUCUAUUGCCUUCCCGCCCCUCUUAGCAGUGGGGCUUGCUGGAGGUAUCUCUCCACUGGGGGGAGACUGGCCAAGGCCAUUCAGGGCUCUUCUGCUCCCCCAGCCUAGAAGUGGCUCUCCAGGGUCUGUUUCCAAUCCCUGACCCUUGUAUGAGUGGAGAUGCCGGGGCUGCGACCUUCUGCGUCCAAAGAGAUGCAAAAAGAUGUGGCCAGGGCUGAACUGGGAUUUGAACCCAGACCUUGAAGCGUGCAACAAGCAUGUCAGAUUCUCUUACCCCAGCUCCAGGGAUGGUGGGGUGCACCUCUCAGGGGCUCCCCUUGCUACCCAUUUCCCCCCACACCCAGUAGAGCCUUGGCAAAAGGGUUUCGCAAUCAUUCUCCAUGGGGCCAAUUACCAUCCAUCACUGGUACCGUUGAGCCUGAUGUCUUUACAAAGUCUGAUAUGGUUUGGGACCUGCACAUUUACUUUGGAAGCCAACUUCUUUCAGCCCCCCCAUCGCCUUUAUGGGCUGGUGAGAAGGCCCCCAUCCUUGUGCCACAUGCAGAGACAUUUUGUCUUCUUAAGAGCAGCCUUCUGAGCCCAGGCAGGCAUUCUUGCUUGGGUUUUCGCUUAGUGUCUUGAGUUAACUUUGAAUUCAGUAUAGUAUUUUAAACUGAAUGGGGAGGGUUUGUUUGUUUUUGCUUGUUUUCCCCUAUUAUCAGUUGCUGGUUUGUAAAUAGCUGGUCGUUUUGCCAUAGGGAAGAAAUAACUCUUCCAGGUAAACAAGGAGGAAAGUUUUUGUAAUCUUGAGGGUGACUGGUGCUCUCAGUGCAGGCAUGUAGCCACAAAUUGUAGUCCACAUUAUUGUGGAUUAGUAACAUUUGUGGGCUUGUUUGUGAGAGUUGUCUUUUGGUUUUAAAGGGGCAUUGUUUGGUGGGGUUUUCCACUCCUUUAAGAGAUAUUGCAUGCACACAGGUCCUUGGGUAUGUGUACAGUGGUACCUCGGGUUACAUACGCUUCAGGUUACAUACACGUCAGGUUACAGACUCCGCUAACCCAGAAAUAGUGCUUCAGAUUAAUAACUUUGCUUCAGGAUAAGAACAGAAAUCGCACAGCGGUGGUGCAGCGGCAGCAGGAGGCCCCAUUAGCUAAAGUGGUGCUUCAGGUUAAGAACAGUUUCAGGUUAAGAACGGACCUCUGGAAUGAAUUAAGUACUUAACCCGAGGUACCACUGUAUUCAUUAAUGACCACCUUUAAUAAAUAACAUGAUUGGGGGGAAAGGGAGGAGGAGAGAUGGAAUUAGGGCAAGCCAGAAAUCAAGCAUCACGUAUGCAAAGCCAAGUUUGUUCCAGGGGAGGGAAAUCCCUUCAGAAACAUUUUACAUCAACCUUCAGCAACUUUGUACCCUCCAGAUGUUUUGGACUGCAAAUCCCAUCAUCCCUGACCACUGCUGGCUGGGGCUGGUGAGCAUUGUAGUCCAAAAUAUCCAAGGGGAUGCCAAAUGCACCUUUAUAGACUCCACCCGGGAGCCAUGUUCCCCCAGUUCAUGGGAAAGAUGUCUCCCGUUGUUGAAAAAGGAAAAGUUGCUGUCUCUGGUGGACAGAGGCAUCCUGGGAAGGGGAAUGAAAGUGGGGUGGGCUCCAGGAUCACAAACUGUCUUGUACCUAGUUAAGACCCUUGGUCCAUUUGGCUUAGUGUUGUCUGCACUGACUGGCAGACUCUCUAGGGUGUCAGGAAAGGGACAUUCCCAGACCUGAAGAUAGCAAUGAUUGACCCAGGGCCUGUGCUCAAGUGAAGGAAGCACCUUCUCUGAGCUGUGAUGUGUUCUCUGAUAAGCCUCUGAACUGUGAUAUGUUCUCUGAUAAGGUUCACACGAAAUAAUGCUUUGGGAGUAGGGUUAACUCCUUUCAUAAGAAGUGUUUGUACUGUACUCCUUUCAUGAAAUCCUCUUAGAAAAAGAGAGAAUUAAAUGAAGGGCUUGUGCAACCCAAUUUGCAAGCCCCUGUUUGCCAGCUUUAUUGAUUAGGCAAUGUUUGCACAGUCUUGUCAGUGGUUGUCUGCUCCCUUCCCCUGGUUCACACAGGUUGCCAUAGCUACUCAACAGCAAAUGAUGGAGCUAUAGUAACAAACAGGGAGUGCCGGGCUUCCUUGUGUAUACAGCAAAGGCUGGGACCACAGACACAUGUACACACCCUCCAAAAAGAAAAGAAAAAAGGAUUGAGGCUUUUGUUGCAGGAUAGCUCUCCAGCACUGGGAACAGCAGCUUCUUUCUGGCAGCCUGUGCAGCAAACUGAAAUCCAACAGGUGCAGCUUCCCUGUGACAGCACAACUUUUUUUGGUUUCUGAUGAAGCUUGCCAUGUUUGAUACCUGUGUGCUAGGUUGCUACUGUGGGUGACCUGAGAGAGGGUCUCUCAUUCCCCACCCUCACUCUGCUAAGUUCUCUGCCACAUUGCAAGGAAUCCUUGGGAGCACAACGGCAUCAUUGCAAGUCCCUCCAAAAAUUACAGCUCCAAACAAUGGUUUGGAUCACUUCCAAACCUGAGUCUGAGGGUCCUGCUGCCUCCUAGGUGCACUCCUUGAACUCCCAUUUAAGAAGUUAACCACUUCAGGGAUACUGGAUCUGACCACUGCUAGGCUUUGCUAAUAGAAGAAGAAGAAGAAGAGUUUGGAUUUGAUAUCCCGCCUUUCACUCCCUUUAAGGAGUCUCAAAGCGGCUAACAUUCUCCUUUCCCUUCCUCCCCCACAACAAACACUCUGUGGGGUGAGUGGGGCUGAGAGACUUAAAAGAAGUGUGACUGGCCCAAGGUCACCCAGCAGCUGCAUGUGGAGGAGCGGAGACGCGAACCCGGUUCCCCAGAUUAGGAGUCUACCGCUCUUAACCACUACAUCACACUGGCUCUCUAAUAUUUAUACAUUGUGAGAAAUGGUGGUAUUUAGGGAUUCACUGAAUACAAACUUUUUUUAGUGGCGUUUGGUUAUAGCGAGAGUGUAUGUUUUAAUAUGAAAACAGGUGAUGCUGUUUUUCUUCUGACAAAAGUUGGAUGCUUUGCCAAAAGUUUGGCACUUAAACUGCUUUGGUUGCCCUGUAUCAUGACCUUUAUCAAGAGAGAGACAAGAGAAACAUGUCCUUGUUAAUUCUUCUCGACAUCUCAGUGGCUUUCGAUACCAUCAACCAUGGUACCCUUCUGUCUGAACUAGGGGUGGGUGGCGCCACUUUGCGGAGGUUCCAGUCCUACUUGGACGGUUGUUCCCAGAGGGUGUCGCUUGGGGAAUGCUUUUCAGCCCCAUGGAACUUUCAAUGUGGGGUCCGGCAGGACUCAAUCUUAUCCCCCACAUUGUUUAACAUCUACAUGAAACCGCUGGGUGGGGUUAUCCGGAGGUUCAGAAUACGUUGUCAGCAGUAUGCUGAUGACACUCAGCUCUAUUUCUCCUUUAUAUCUGCAGGUGAGGCAGUGGAAGUGCUGGACCAGUGUCUUGCCUUGGUAAUGGACUGGAUGAGCGCCAACAAACUGAAACUCAAUCCAGAUAACUGAGGCACUGUUUGUGGGUGGUUCCCUAGACCAGAUGGGUGGGAGGUCGCCUGCUCUUGAUGGGGUUAUGUUGCCCCUGAAGGAGCAGGUUCGUAGCCUGGGGUUACUCCUGGGUCCUUUGCUGUCACUCGAGGCUCAGGUGGCCCCGAGUGCCUUCCAUAAGCUUCGGCUGGUGGCCCAGCUACGCCCUUAUCCAGAUAGGGAUAGCCUAACUACUGUUGUCUAUGCUCUGGUGAUCUCAAGGUUAGAUUACUGCAAUGCGUUAUACGUAGGACUGCCUCUGAAGAUGGUUUGGAAACUUCAGCUGCUGCAGAAUUCAGCAGCCAGGUAGCUCACUGGAGAAAGAUGGUUUGAGCAUAUUACAUUGAUCCUGGUCCGACUGCACUGGCUACCAAUUAGUUUCCAGGCCCAGUUAAAAGUGCUAGUUUUGACCUGCAAAGCCUUAAACGUCUCAGGACCGCAAUACCUCAAGGACUGCCUCUUUCCAUAAUGACCUACCCGGACCUUGGGAGGCCCUUCUUCAUGUGCCGCCUCAAGAGGUCCGGAGGGUGGCAACAUGAGAACGGGGCCUUCUCUGCAGUGGCUCCCCGUUUGUGGCAUGCUCUCCCCAGGGAAGUUUGCCUGGCGCCUUCACUAUAUACCUUUAAGCGCCAGGCAAAAGCAUUCCUUUUUAACCAGGCCUUUGGUUGAUUUGAUCGACAUCCUAUGCCCUUUCAAAAUGUGGGGUUUUUUGGGGGGGGGUUAUUGGGCUGUUCUUUUUAUUUUGAUUAUAUAUUUUGCCCUAAGACCUCCAGGUAUAGGGCGGUAUAUAAAUUCAAUAAAUAAUAAGGAUAAAAAUAAUACUCUACAGUGUCAAUUUUAUCAUUUAUAUGGUGCUAUCAAUAUACAUGAUGCGCCUAACAGUAUCAGCACACAUGUAUACUCUGCUCCAAGGAGAGAGCAAUAGAAGGGCCCUUCCAGACUGUUGCCUUUUGGAGGAUGAGUUCUGCGACAUGCCAUUGACACAAUAAUAGUGCUUUAGUGGUGGUGGGUUUAUACUGAACCGUCCACACACUGUCCUGUCUUGUGAUGCUCCCACAACGUUACCACAUUACAGUGGUGCCUCGCAAGACGAAAUUAAUCCGUUCCGCGAGAGUCUUCGUCUAGCGGUUUUUUCGUCUUGCGAAGCAAGCCCAUUGACGGAUUAGCGCUAUUAGCGCUAUUAGCGGUUUAGCGGCUAUUAAAGGCUUAAAGGCUUAGGGGAUUAGCUGCUAAAAGGCUAUUAAAGGCUAUUAAAGGCUUAGCAGAUUAGAUAAAGGGGGGGGAACGCAAAAUAAUUAUCUCUAGACUCGCAAGGUAUUUUCGUCUUGCGAAGCAAGCCCAUAGGGGAAUUCGUCCUGCGAAGCAACUUCAAAACGGAAAACCCUUUCGUCUAGCGGUUUUUCCGUCUUGCGAGGCAUUCGUCUUGCGGGGCACCACUGUAUUGCCUCCUGGAAGGCAGGAGUCUUGAGUCUAUAGUGCAACAAAGGUGUGUGGGGGGGGAAAUCCCUUCCAGAGCAUUUGUGGGGUAAAAAGUUACAGGUUUUCUGCAGGAAGGGACUUGCACCAAUUGGAAAUGAAGCAGUACCCCCACCCCAAAACUUUAGCAGGUGCAAGCAGUGUUGAAAGCAGAAUUGUGUCUAACAGCCCCAGUACCAUCCUGAGUGCAGAUCAUCAUGAGUGCACAAUGGAAAGCGACCAUAAGCCUGGAAUGGCUUGCUCCAAUCACAAUUUUUUCUGGGGAAGGGGAGACACUGUUCAGAAGAAAAAUGAUAAUAUAUAUACAGUCAUACCUCAUGUUACGUUUGAUUCAUGUUACGUUCUUUCAGGUUACGUCCCGCGGCGACCCGGAAGUACCGGAAAGGGUUACUUCUAGGUUUCGCCGCUCACACAUGUGCAGAAGCGCCAAAUCGUGCCACGCACCUGUGCAGAUACGGCACUUCAGGUUGCGCUCUUUUCAUGUUGCGAACGGGCCUCCGGAACGGAUCCCAUUCGCAACCAGAGGUACCACUGUAUUCAAUAAUUAAUAUCCUCAAGUAUUUUCCAGAUGAAAACCAGGACAGCUUUGGGGCACUUGGAACCCUUAGAGCAACAAAGGUUGUUGCUUGAGUGUGUGUGCGCGCGCCACCCCAAAUAUUGUUGGGAAGCUUUUCUCUGGCUGAUGUACAUAUUAUACUGACCGUAGCUUUUCUUUGUUUUUUAAAAAUGAGUGCUUAAUCUUGCAAAUUAUCUAGUUGCAUAUGUAGGGUAGCUGCAGCUGUAUGCACAUGGAAUAAAAAUGAAUAUCCCCUCCCCCCAAAUACUUAAGUUCUAGAGAUCCAGGUGGGAAGCCUUCCUGCUUGGCAGGGGGUUGGACUCAAUGGCCCUUGUGGUCUCUUCCAACUCUAUGAUUCUAUGAUUCUAAGCCUGAAAUGUGAAGAACUUUAGUGCACACUGACGGCAUUUGUCUCCGCAAAAGCAACAAAGAUAUUUUUUAAAUACUAACCAGAAAAUUCAGAGGCUGCCCCUGGUAAACAGGGGGUCGUGUCGUUGGAGGGCAGACUGUACUGUGGAUGUAAAAAACCAACAUUAGUUUGAAUGCACAUUAGAUGCAGAUACCUUUCUCUUUAUUUUUCUUACCUAAUACCAACAUCAUUUGCAAAUGCAGCCUUCCAGAGGAUAAAAUGCAUCCUCAAGCCUCUGUUGUGAAACGCCCUAAAUUGGUCUGACAGGAGCCUGCCACCGUGACAGCAGAGUGAGGGAAUUGUGCCCUAGGGGUCCUGCUUAGCAUGGCAUCGGUGCUGCCACCCCCUUCCCCUGAUGUCUCCCAACUUAGUGGGCAUUGCAGCCAGUUGCCUGCGCCAUGGCAACAGCAGACCUGCUUGGCAGAAGUGCCAGCAAUAAAUAUGCCAGCAAUGUUGUGGUCCCCUUGCUGCACAUCUUGCCCCACAUAUUCUCCCCUCCCUUCUCCUGCCCCCAGAUACACCAGAAGAGAUUGCAUCUUCUCUUCCACCAAGCUGGUUUCAAACAAACCUGACAGCAUGAGAUUGGGGUGGAGCAUAGUUCAGCAGUGCUGAGUAGUGGGCAAGUUACAACGUUAAAUGCAUUUAUAUGAGCUGUCAUAUUGGAAUAAGAGAUGCCCAGUGGCUUGAAGAGGAGGGGAGGGCAUCUCUAAGCAUGUUAGUGAUGCUGCUUUACAUGCAUAAAGGUAAAGGGACCCCUGACCAUUAGGUCCAGUCGUGGCCGACUCUGGAGUUGCGGCGCUCAUCUCGCUUUAUUGGCCGAGGGAGCCAGCGUACAGCUUCUGGGUCAUGUGGCCAGCAUGACUGAGCCGCUUCUGGCAAACCAGAGCAGUGCACGGAAAUGCCGUUUAUCUUCCCGCCGGAGCAGUACCUAUUUAUCUACUUGCACUUUGAUGUGCUUUCGAACUGCUAGGUUGGCAGGAGCAGGGACCGAGCAACGGGCGCUCACCCCAUCGCGGGGAUUCGAACCGCUGACCUUCUGAUCGGCAAGUCCUAGGCUCUGAGGUUUAACCCACAGCGCCACCCGCGUCCCUUUUAACAUGUGUACUUAUUUGCUAUUUACCAGUAGCUUGCUUUUUCACAUAGGGAAGGAGGAACCCUUCCUGUUAUACCUCUUCAGCUAUUGAUGUCAUUGGACCUACAAUCCAUAGUUCUCUCUUGCAAGCCCUGGUGGGAUGCUCUUGUGUGGCUCCCGUUUAUUUCAUGGGGGUUGUGUAGGAGAACCUUCUUGUAGCCGAUGCCUUGCUGUAUCAGCUCCUGGUUUGUUCUGCAUUUGUAGUUUAUUAUUAUUAUUUAUUAGUUUAUUAUUGAACUUAUUUGUUGCAUUUUUGUUUGUCAAGGUGGCUAACAUAGAAAAAGGAACAAGCCUACUUAAUGGAUGGGUAUAAGACAGACCACUAAUAUAUUAAUGUUCCUCCUAAUUAAAAAAAACCAUGAGUGUGGGUAAAUAUGAGCCUCUGCCUCUCAGCGUAGACCAUGGGUAGGCAAACUAAGGCCCAGGGGCCAGAUCCAGCCCAAUCGCCUUCUAAAUCUGGCCUGCGGAUGAUCUGGGAAUCAGUGUGUUUUUACAUGAGUAGAAUGUGUGCUUUUAUUUAAAAUGCAUCUCUGUGUUAUUUGUGGGGCAUAGGAAUUUGUUCAUUCCCCCCCCCCAAAAAAAAAUAUAGUCUGGCCCCCCACAAGGUCUGAGGGACAGUGGACUGGCCCCCUGCUGAAAAAGUUUGCAGACCCCUGGUGUAGACAGUAUGGAGUUAGAUAAGACAAAGUGGCUCUGUAGAAGACUGAUACCUCUGUUCCCAGUUACAAUAUAUGCUUAAAAAUGAAAAUAUAUCAGCAUAAAUACUUAGAUAAAUAUAGAUGUUUCAGUAUAUAUAUUACCAAUUAACUUGAAAACUUGGGCAAAAAAAGUGUUUACAUCUUCCCUCUUCCUCCAGAGAGGGAGGGCAGCAUAACCCAGGAGCUCACAAGCAUGUCUUCCUGGCUUCCACGUUGACACACUAGGCUUUUUGAAGCUUGUGUGUCCUCCCUGCCUGUGAUAGACAGUUGAGCCUGUUCCACUACCCUUCCUAGGGAGCCAGGUGUCCUGGCAGGGCUGCUGCUUCUUGCUGGUGGCUAAUCCGUCUCCUUAGCAGGCUGGCUCUCAAAUCCUCCCCAUACCAUUAAGCUGCUUUAGAAUUAUUUGCAGCUCUCUAAAUGCAGAGGGGACCCAAUUCAGGAAGAAGUCAUCAUUGUGCCCCAGCAUGCAUCUGUGGCAGUCUCUCCGUCUGCGUAAGUGGAGCAGCUGUCCCAAGGCUCUUGGCUUGCUAUGGUAAAAGUCCACCAGCCCAGAAUACCAUGUUAAAUGUUGUCAGUACUUGAAAAAACGGAAGUGAUCCCCACGCACAAGAAGAGCCCUGCUGGAUCAGGCCAGUGUCGCAUCCAUCCCAGUAUUCUGUUCUCACAAUGGCCAACCAGAUGCCCCCGUGGGAAAAACCAGUAAGCACAAGAGCAGCCCUUUCCCCUCCUUCCAGGAACUAGUAUUCAGAAGCAUUGCUGCUUCUGACCAUGGAGAUGGAGAAUAGCCAUCCUGGGUGUAAUAAUAAUAAUAAUAAUAAUAAUAAUAUAUUAUUUGUACCCCACCCAUCUGGCUGAGUUUCUGGGUGGCUUCCAACAAAGAUUAAAAAUACAUUAAAAUGUCACACAUUAAAAACUUCCCUGAACAGUGCUGCCAUCAGGUGUCUUCUAAAUGUCAGGUAGUUGUUUAUCUCUUUGACAUCUGAUGGGAGGGCGUUCCACAGGGUGGGCGCCACCACCGAGAAGGCCCUCUGCCUGGUUCCCUGUAGUUUUGCUUCUCGCAGUGAGGGAACCGCCAGAAGGCCCUCGGAGCUGGACCUCAGUGUCCGGGCAGAACGAAGGGGGUGGAGACGCUCCUUCAGCUAUACUGGACCGAGGCUGUUUAUGGCUUUAAAGGUCAGCAGCAACACUUUGAAUUGUGCUCGGAAAUGUACUAGCAGCAUCAAGAGCCCUCUCCUCUUCCAUGAAUUGUGUCUAAUCUUCUUUUAAAGCCUUCUUUUUGGUGGCCAUCACUGUUUGCUGUGUGAGGGAGUUCCAUAGCUUAACUAUCGACUAUGUGAAGAAAGGCUUUCUUUUAUCUGUCCUGAAACUGCCAACAUUCAGUUCUGAUGUUGCGAGAGAGAGAAACCUUUCUCUAGCCUCUUUCUGCACACCAUUUAUUAUUAUAUAAACUUCACAAUGGCUCAGUCCCAACAAGCCCCUCUUUCCUGAUCUAUGCCAGCCUCUCUCUGCCCCACAGUUCUGCCAUGCCAGGCCUCAAGCUCAGGUUUGGGGGUCCCCCCCUCUUGUUUCAGCUUUAUGGUGACCCAUCAUGCGUGAUCCAUUAUAAUCUCAAAGGAGGAUCCUUUAUAAUCCUUCAUUAUUAAGAGGCUGAUAAUAUUAUUUAAUCCCCACCCUAUCUUUUGAGGAUCAGAGCGGAUUAUAAUAAUUUAAAAACACAUUAUAGCUGCGUCCUAUUUAUAAGCGCUCCAGACUUCCCACGUGUCGCCCAGUCUUUGUGGCACGUCUGCCUCUCACAGCAAUAUCCCGAGGUAGAUUGCUGUUACUACCACUUAAAAGUUGAAGAAAAGAGAGAGAGAGAGAGACUGAUUUGCCCUCUGCCACCAUAAGAGCUUCAUAACCAAGUAGGUGUUUUGAACCUGUGUCCUGGAGGAAGGAAUGCUGGAUGACAAAAUAGAAGGGGGAUUCCUGUAAGGAGCUGAGCAUCUUCCUGUUGGCACUCGAGUGGGUGUUAGACUUUUCGUUUUUCAGUUUAGCGAGAAUGUUUCUCUCACAUUAAGGAGGUGGCCUUAUGAGCAUCCUUCAGGUGCAGUUGGAACAGAUGAGGUCCUGAAUCAUAGAAAUUUAGAGCUGGGCGACACACAAAUGGUUAUCUAGUUCAACCUGCCUCAAGGCAUGAGUCAGACCAGUAGCCCAUCCACCCCCCCAAUUCCCCAGUUAUCUUCACAACAGGCCCCAUGGCUGUAGCCCCUUCUAAGGCUAUGCAACAUGCUGGUGAGAGUUUCAGCCCAAAACCAGCUUGUCAAAGUCUGUCCUACUUACUGAUUAUUUUAUUUACUUAUUUUGUAAACUCUGUACACUGCUUGCUUAUAAAAAGAUCCCUUCAGAAUGGCUUGCCAGAAAAGAUAAAACAAUGAAAUUAUCUAGAAGAAUCGACAGCAACCAUUAAAGACUUUGGGAAUGUUAAAAUAGCAAUAAACUCAACACAGAAUAGCAAUAAACUGAACACAUUAAAACUUACAUCAACUUUCUAAACAUGCUAGAGCCUCAGCAAGCCACUUCCACGGAAUCGGGCAACAGACCUAGAAGCAUGUUCAAAGCAAAAAGACCUGCAUUUCCCUGUACUGUAAUUCUGAACACGUGUUUCCAUUUGCGAGACUUGCAUUUUUCCAUUUCUCCCGUUGCAUGGAGCCUCCCAGCUCACAUGCUCUCUCUCCCUGCUACCCCCCUCAAGCCACACGCUGGUUGCAUUCACAAGAAAAUUGUCCUUCCUGCGAUGAGCUUAUCACUAUGUAAAUGCAAAGUAGGUUUCCCUGUUGGGUUUGCUUUUUGUGGAUGCCCUUGCCCUCAGAGUUGUUUAGUACUGAGUGCCAAAAAAAAAAUAAGUUUCCAGGCUGGCUUUGCAAAGUGCUGCCCUGGGGGUGCUGUUUCAAAGCAUGUUUCAAGGGAUCCUGGCAUUGCAGCAAAGCUUUGCAACUGAGCAAAGGCCUGGAGUGCUUAUGCAGCAGCCUGACAGGAGCUGCUGUCCUGCUCUAAGCCCACAGCGGAAGGCGGCUUGGUUGCUUCAGCACAUUGGAGAGUUCCUAGUGAGCAACUUCUCUCAAUGAAGGAUUUCUUUUUCAGUCCAUUACAGUACAGUAUUUCAUUCAUAGACUGAGCCUGCACCAUACAGUGGUACCUUGGGUUACAUACGCUUCAGGUUACAGACUCCACUAACCCAGAAAUAAUACCUCGGGAUAAGAACUUUGCUUCAGGAUGAGAACAGAAAUUGUGCUCUGGUGGCGCGGCAGCAGCAGGAGGCCCCAUUAGCUAAAGUGGUGCUUCAGGUUAAGAACAGUUUCAGGUUAAGAACGGACCUCUGGAACGAAUUAAGUUCUUAACCCGAGGUACCACUGUAUUGAACAGCUCUUACAGUCAGAAAUUUCUUCCUAAUGUUUAGGCAGAAUCUCCUUUCAUGUAGUUUGAAUCCAUUGGUUGCGGUCCUCUCAAUCUUCUCUUCUCCAGGCUAAACAUACCCAACUUGUUUUAACUGUUCCUCAUAAGGCUUAGUUGGAUUCACUCAGUCGACACUCUGCAUUUACUCAGAGGUGCUCUCCUUAUGGUUUUUGUGGCCGAGCCGCUGUACUGGAAAGAGAUCAGGGGCUUUGGCUUCCAGGCACUGCAGGGUGUCCUUUUGUUAGCGAUUAGGCAGCAGAGAGGACUGUGCCCGCAGCCAGUAUUUUGACACUGUGGAUGUGCUUUGGAUUUAUAGAGUGGCAUUAGGAGGAUGUUUGCUGCCUUGUCCUCCAUCCUUUCCCUCCAGCAUCCCAGCGAGAUCCUGAUGAAGGUUUCUCAUGGAGUAAUGGCUGAUUAAUAUAGCUGGAUGCUCCUCUCUCUAAUUCAUCUGCUGGGAGGCCGAGCUGCCUCUGUGAAUGAACAGAUGGAGGGCACCCCCCUCCCAUUUUACCCCAAUCUCUUGCAGCGGCUGCAAACUCCCGAUGAAAUUUUAAUAAGGCCUUGCUUGCUCAUUAUUUAUUAUGCAUUAAAGAGAGCGGGAGGCAAUUAACUGAGCAAGAGAUGACACAGAAGAGUGCAGUGAAAAGGGACCCUUCAGGCUAGCAGGGAACAGCAACCCCACCUCAGCUGGGCAAGUGCCUGAGCAGCAAAAGGGACCUGAUGACUCCUCCUCAUGAUAGAGUCAUAGAAUUGUAGAGUUGGAAGGAACCCCAAGGUGAUCUAGUCUAACCCCUGCAACUCAGGAAUCACAACUAAAGACUCCCUAACAAAUAGCCAUCCAAACUGUUUAUAAACCUCCAAGGAAGGAGAACCCUCCACCCUCAGAGGGAGUCAUUUCCACCGCUGAACAGCUCUUAAAGUUAGAUAGAUAGAUAGAUAGAUAGAUAGAUAGAUAGAUAGAUAAUUUAUUCCGGUCGGAGGCCAGCUUAUAAAACACACUUGGGGGUACAGUCACAGAAGGAAAACAAACAAUUAAAACAAUGUACAACAAUAAAUUUAAAAACAAUGUACAACAAUAAACUACCGCAGGGAGCUGACCCAGAGUCACCCAUGGAACCGAGUUUGGGGAAUUUGUUAACGAACUAGUUUGAGUUGGGAGAUGGUCUGCGCCUACAGAUCUGUACACAGAAUCUGGCGACCAUCCGGAUCGUCUUCUGAUCUUUGCCUAACAGGAAAAGGUUGGAUUUUUGCUUUUCCGGGAGGUCAGCGAGCCUCACCAGUAGGGGACCAACGGUCUCACUGCAUGCCUCUUCCUAAAAGGGACAUCUAAAGAACAAGUGCUCUGGGCUUCCUAUCUUCCCCAAUGAACAGCCGCAAAGUCUCUGAGCAUAUGGGACUUUUUUAAAGGCUCCUUCCAGGACCAGUGAGGGCAGAGCCGAGCUUCUGGCGAGUGUAAAAGCCCUUCUUGCAUUUUUAGCUCUUAAUGUUAUUCCUAACACUCAGUCGAAAUCUCCUUUCUUGUAACUUGAAUCCAUUGGUUUGGGGCCCUGCCCUCUCGAGUAACAGAAAACAAACCCAACUCCUUCAGCCAUUCCUCAUGAGGCUCUGUUUCCAGACCCUUGAUCAUCCUUGUCUCCCUCCUUUGCACACCUUCUAUCAUGUAAAUAUCCUUUUAAAGUUGUGGCACCCAAAACUGGACACAGGACUCCAGGUGGGGUCUGACCAAGGCAGAACAGAGCAGUACCAUUGCUUUCCUUGAUCUGAUCACUAUACUUCUGUUGAUGCAGCCUAUAAUAACAUUAGCUAUUGGUGAUGGUUGUAUGCUCCUUCCAGGAUCCAGAGGCAGCAGGCUUUUCUAUACCUAUUGCUGAGGAAUAACCACUGUGUGAGGGGUAUUUCCCUCAUGCUCUGUUUGUGGUGCCCCUGCAGCCAUCUGAUUGGCUACUGUGGGGUGCUAGAUUAGGUGGGUCUUUGGUCCAAUUCAGCAGGGUACGCUUCUGUGAGUCAGGACACCCCAAAAAGGCUCAGUUCUUGCACAACUGCAACUCACUCGACAGUCAUUGUUGCUGCAAUAACAACAGUGUGGUAGAAAAGGCUGACCAGGGGAACUGAAUUGAUUUUGAGCAGAAUCUGUGUUUUCCAGCAACUGGUAUUCAGAAACAUUUCUGCAUCCAACCAUGGCAGUACAGCGUAUAACUACCAUGGCUAGUAGCCACAGAUAGCCCUUUCCUCCAUGAAUGUGUCCAUCCUCUUUUGAAGCCAUCCAAGUCGGUGGCCACCACUUCCUCCUGUGCUGUUGGGGCAAAGAAGAGAGUCUACGGAAGGAUUUGGAGAAAGAGAGAGAGGUUGCUUUAGAAGCAAGGAGGUAGAGGCUGUCCCUGUCAUUGCAAGCAGGGCUGUGUUCCAAACUAGCUUAUUCCAUGAAUAUGUAAUCACAGCAGAGUUGGCUGUAUUAGCUUUGGCAUCAAAAAGGCCUGGAGUCAUAGGAAGCUACCUUGUACUGAGGCUAUGUACACACCAUACAUUUAAAGCACUUUACUCUCCCCCAUGAGAAAUGUAGUGUACCCUUUACAGAGCUUCAGUUCCCAGCACCCUUGACAAGGUACCAUUCCCAGGAUGUGCUUUAAAUGAAUGGUGUGUACACAGUGCGUGCCCAUCUGUUGGUUCAAUAUUUCUUACGCACUGACUUGUACGUGUUCUCUAAGGCUUCAAACAGAGAACAUUCUCUGCCCUCCCUGGAGGCGACCCCAGAGAGGUGCUCUACCACUGAACUAUGAUGGCCUUUCCCCCCUGUGGCUUACAAUUUGGCCUAGUUGCACUGAGGUCCUACACAGAAGUUUCAAGGCACAGAUCGCAAAACCAGAUGUGCUGAAGAAAAACAAGGUCCACAAGAGGAGAUUCGAAAGAUAACAAGAAUGCAAUGAAUGCAUGUAUAAUCGCUGCGGUGUGAAAUAUCAAUACAAUGCACAUCCAAAAUAUAAUGUGCAUUUGCCAGAGCAUCAGCGCAUGAAUACUAAACCAUUGUUAUAACACCAAAGCAGCGAUAAUUACUUUUGCAGCAGGAGAUUGCUUGAGUGCAAAGUUGCAUAUCAAAAUAGGCCCAUAGCUGGGGGUUGGCGAAGCAGAGAUGGACAGGCACGCAAGAACAGGAGCUUUGAGGCUGAUGGAGAAAUUAAGAGGGAGCUUCAUCCAGAGAUUGGCACAAACAACCUACCAAAUCUCAGAGGGCAGCAUCCAUACCCCCAUCUGUUCUUCCAGCUGGUUAGAUGCUCUUCUCUGGAACCAGAGCCAGUGGAGACUUUAAGACCAUUGCCCCACACAGCGUGUCUGCUGCCUCACCCUAAUCUCUCAUUAGGAUGCCUGUAGCACUAUGGUGCUUUUCCCUGAUUGUUGGUGACGUUGCUCAAAGCCUCUAAUGGGUUUAGGAGCCACUGAGCUAUCCCUCCCCAGCUAAGGGGCAGUGGGGAAGAUGAGACGGUGGCGUGCUGAGCUGAGAUGCCAGGGGGUGCAAGGUGAGUCUGUUCUACUUCUCCGGCCUCCUUUUUGCAGAAAAGUCCUCACUCUGGCUCUGCAAGCAGUUUCCACCUGGUGGCAAGGAUCCAGCCAUACCAGCGGCAUUCACUGGUACCUAUAUUUUUAGGUGCUUGUUGCCAUGGUUUUGGUACCUUGGUUACAGCCAGCGGCUGAACCCAGAGGAUCCACUAGCAGCCCACACCUAAGACAAAGACCCCAGAUGGUCUCUCUCCAAAGAGGUUCUCAUCUGUUUUGUUGACAUGGUGGUCAUCGCCAUGCAUGUAGACAAGCUGUAGGGCCAACCGCAAAGAAUCCUCUAUACCAAAGCAGCUCCCAGGUGAGCAAGGACUGAAUCACACUGUGCAUAGUGGAACUGUGGAGUUCACGAGAAGUGCAUGGCCGCCAUCUUGGACUGCUUCAAAGGGGGAUUGGAAGAAUUCUUGGAGGAGUGGAAGGCUAACGAUGGCUGCUAGUCACAAUGAUAUAUUUUAUUGUCCUUGUGGAUCAGAAGCAGCCUGCCUGUGACUCCCAGUUGCUGGGGAGGAUAGGAAAGAAUGCUUGAGUGAAGGAGUGUGCCUUUUCCGCUUGCAGGCUUUUCUUAGGCAUCUUGUAGGUCACUGGAAAGAAAGGAAUGCUGGACUCUUGGACUGAUCGUGGAGGAGUCUUCUUAGGGGAACCGCACAUCGCCCUCCUUCAUCCUGCGAGGCAAACAAUGUAUCCAGGACAUGUCUGCCUGCCAGUUUGUUUAAUUAAGAUAUAUACCACUGUGCCACAUUAUAUAUAUAUAUAUCAAUCAAAGUGGUUUGUGGCAAUAUAAAUAGAAACCCAUACAAUAAAAACCAUUAAAUGUAUGUUAGGAGGGAAUUAUUUGACUAAAAGAUGCCAUUAUGUCUCAGUACUUCCAAGCUUUAUCAAAGAAACACAUAAAUGCUUAGAAAACAGAAAAAAAACUGUCACUUUCGGGUUGUUUUUUUGUUAUUCUUGGUUAAUUUGUUGUAUUAUAUACAUUUAAAUUGAAUUGUUAUAAUAUAAAAAGAUAAAUAAAAAUAUAUUUUUUGAACCAUAAAAAAGUUAAAAGCAGACAUGAAUUGGAAGGAUGUCUCCUUAAUUGCCUGUGUAGGCAUGGAGGAAUGGAAACAUUUUCAGCAUGCAUUCAAAAGGUUGGCAAAGAAGGUACCUGCCAGCUCUAAAAAGGAGAUUCCUCAACAUUCAUAUAAGUACAUGGAUGAUGGGAGUUGUGAUCCAGCAAUAGCUGGAGGGCCAAAGGCCAAUAGGCCUUUGCAGCUGUUUAUUAUUAUUAUUAUUAUUAUUAUUAUUUAUUUGCUUAGUUUAAACUACCUCACAGGAUUGUUGUGAAGAUAAAAUGUCGGCGGGGGGAAAACUCAAUGUACAACAUAUUUAACUCUUAGGAAGAGAGGAGAGAUAAAAUAAUAAAAUAGUGUUUUAGUUCUGUGAUUCUAUUUCUCUUCUGUAGUUUGUUGAGCCUCUGCUGUAACCUAUUGUGGAUUUUUUGUGGUGUGUGUUCCUAUUUUAGGUAUUUCUAAAUAGGUAUUUCUAUUAGAUAGGUUCCUCCUGUAUGAUGGAUGUGUAUGUGUAUUUUAAUGAUCCGAAUAGAGUGAAAUAUUACAGUUAUUAUAUAUUUAAAUUGUGUCUUUUUCCCUGACGGGGACUCAUGAGUCAUGGAAGGGGGGGGAGAGGAAGUAUCUAUUAAUUUAAUAGUGUUUAUAUUAUUUUGUCAAUUCUGCUUUAUAGAUUACGAACACCUUAUUGAUUUGUUAAUCAUGUAAUAUGGCUUACACUGUAACUGUGAUGCUUAGCUUAUUUCUUUAGUUGCUGGUUUGCUAAUAUCAUUUUACAGAUUGUAAUUGUUUUACUGAACAUUUGUUAUGUGAUUUAUGCUGUCCCUGUGAUGUUCUGUUCUGCUACUGUUUGUUAAGCUGCUCUGGAUUCAUUUGACUGCAAAGCGACAUAGAAAUACAACCAUUCAAUCUCUCCCUUUCUCUCUGUCUCUUGCCAGCAGCUGCUCUAGGAUGGCUCCGGUGGAGCCCACGCUUGUUUCCCUCCUGCUGUUGGGUCUCCUGGCACUCCAGGCCCGCACUUGCCCAGCCACCUGCCGCUGCUACAGCAUGACCGUGGAGUGUGGCUCUUUGGGCCUCAAAGAGAUCCCAGGCAGCAUCCAUCCCUCCACCCAGGUAAGGCUCAGGUGGGAGGAAGCCCAACUCCCAGCACCGGGGGGGUGGGGUGACCAUUAGGGCCAGGUUUCCUUUCUCAACCCAAGCUAACCUCCCUCACAAAACUGUCGUCCAUUCAGUGCAAAUGCUGGCUUGCUUUCAAAAAUAAAUAAAUUCAAACGUUAACAAUAAGAACAAUGAACGGUGUCUUUCCGAAAACACCAAAAUUGGAAUCUCUGUAGAAGUAGCAUAUUGUUGUUGUUGUUUAGUUGUUUAGUCAUGUCUGACUCUUCGUGACCCCCUGGACCAGAGCACGCCAGGCCCUCCUGUCUUCCACUGCCUCCCGCUGUUUGGUCCAACUCAUGCUGGUAGCUUCAAGAGCACUGUCCAACCAUCUCGUCCUCCGUCGUCCCCUUCUCCUUGUGCCCUUCAUCUUUCCCAGCAUCAGGGUCUUUUCCAGGGAGUCUUCUCUUCUCAUGAGGUGGCCAAAGUCUUGGAGCUUCAGCUUCAGGAUCUGUCCUUCCAGGGAGCACUCAGGGCUGAUUUCCUUCAGAAUGGAUCGGUUUGAUCUUCUUGCAGUCCAUGGGACUCUCAGGAGUCUCUUCCAGCACCAUAAUUCAAAACAUCAAUUCUUUGGCGAUCAGCCUUUUUUUUACGGUCCAGCUCUCACUUCCAUACAUCACUACUGGGAAAACCAUACCUUGAACUAUACAGACCUUUGUUGGCAAGGUGAUGUCUCUCUCAUAUACAAUGACUGAUUUGGUGUUGAGCCAAUAUAACCUACAAAGUUGUAAAAGAAUAUGGAAAUGCUUUCUUGAGGUGCAUGCAAGUGUCAAGAAUUACUUUUUAAUAGACUGCCAAUUUGGUGUGUUUGAAUCUGGGUGGUGGUGGGCUUUUGUGUGUGCGUUUACCUGGUAUAGAUUUGUUUUUAAUCUGCUGCAGCCAGCUCAGACCCUUUGGGAUGUGGGACUAGAACAGAUAUAUUAAACCAAUAAAAUGGAGAGCGUAUAUAAAAAAGUGUGUGCACACAGACACCUGUGCAUGUGAAAGAGCACAUUAUCUCCCAUGCCCACUCAUUUACUGUCUUCUUUUUAGAGCUUGAUUAAGUAAUCAAAAAUAUUUUAUAAAGAAGCAAAAUGAAUCAGGUGGUGAUUUGCUAUUAAAGAUCUGUAGUACAUAGACAUCAGAACAUGGUGAACUUCAAUCUAAAGUCAGACAAGAAAAAAGGAUUGUUGGUCUUCCAGGAACUGACACUAUGUUGAGCUCAGGGUUUAACUGAUGGCAUCUCCCCCUGGCUUUCUCCCCACUGCAGACGGUUUUUCUUCAGGACAACGGCAUCACGCAGAUUCACCAGCAAGACCUGGCGUCUCUCUCAGGCCUGCAAUACCUCUACAUGCAGAACAACACCAUCUCAGCCCUGGAGCCAGGCGCCUUCCGCAACCAGAACCGGCUGCUGGAACUGGCGCUCAAUGGCAACCGCAUCCACCUCAUCAACAGCAGCAUCUUUAAGGGCUUGGAGCACCUGCGAGUCCUUUACCUGGCGGGCAACCAGAUCACCCGGCUGCCCGACUUCACCUUCUGUGACCUGGAGGUGAGACCCACAGGGGCAUUCUGGAAAGCGAGCCAUUGUCCAUCAAGGUGGCCCCAGUCUGCCUCCCAGAAACAGGCAUGUUUUCUGCAUUAGGAUCCUGCUGUUCCCAUUUUAUGGACGAGGGAACUGAGGCUCAGUAUUAGUCAGGGUUUGAGCAACUCUCACUUUCAUCCCUGAUCUGCAGCGGCUUAGUGCAAAGAGAUGAAUGACUUGGAGGAGGCUAAGUCUUAGCUAAUUCUUACUGUAUGCAACUGAACAUUAUGGAAAUAGCCACAUUACAAAGUCAGUUGUGUAAAUUUUAAAAGCAAGUUCAAGUACUUGCCGUUAAUAUCAGGACAGCAGGGACUUUCAAUACACAAUUAAACUGUGUCCAGUUCUGGGCACCAAAAUUGACAGAGGAUAUUGGUAAGCUGGAAGGUGUGCAGAGGAAGGUGACCAAGAUGGUAAAGGGUCUGGUAAAGAGAUGGCAAAAGGCCCCCCCCCCCCAAGUGUUAUGAGGAAUGGUUCAGGGAGGAGCCUGGAAAAGAGGAGAAUUUAAGGAGAUCUGCUAGUCGCCUUCAAUGCCACCUAGACAGCUGUCACAUGGAAUACGGAGCAAACUUGUUUUCUGCUGGUCCAGAGGAUGGGACCCAAGUUAGAAGAAAGGAGAUUCUGACUAAACAUCAGGAAAAACCUUUCUGACUGUAAGAGCCAUUUGACAGUGGAAUGGUCUCCCUCGUGAGGUUGUGGGCUCUUUCAUUGGCUGCUUUUAUUUUAUUUCCCCCCCCCCCCAAUUUUUUUUUUUGAUUUUCCAAAAUUAUAACAAACAUAACAACAAACAAACAAAAACAUUACAGUAUCAAAAAACAAACAAACAUUUAUCCUAACUGUUAUAGUCCUACUUUUUUUAUCAUUGUUGGGUGACUUCCUCAAAUCCCCCUGAGUUUCCAUAUAGCCCAUUGUAGCAGUUUUCCAACACUAUUUUCAUAUAAGGUUUACUUGUUGAAUUAACAUAAUAUUAUGCAAUUUCACAUAGUUAAAUCCUAGGCCAAUCUGUUACUCACAAAUAUUUCUAUUUAAGUUAUCUUAAUGUAUUUAGCUAAAUAGUCUUUAAAUUUCUUCCAUUCCUCUUGGUGGUACUCCUCCUCCUGGUCACGGACUCUUCCGGUCAGGUCGGCUAGCUCCCAAAAGUCCAUCAUCUUCAUCUGCCAUUCCUCCACUCUUGGUACUAGUAAUUUCAUUGGCUGCUUUUAAGCAGAAGGUGAAUGGCCAUCUGUCUUGCAUCCUCUAGUUGUGACUCCUGCCUUGCACGGGGUUGGACUCCUGGCCAAGAGCUCCUAAUUUGCAUGGGGCUGCAUGGGCAGCGCAAAGGAAUGAGGGACAAACAGCCCCAAACAGCAGUGGUACCAAAACAGGGAAGAAGUGGAUAACGGCUCCAGGCCUGCUUUCUACCUAAUGUGCCAUCUGAUUCCCUCUUUUGCAGAGGUUGCAGGAGCUCCACUUACAGGAGAACAGCAUAGAGACUCUGGAGGACCAGGCGCUGGCCGGUCUGACCUCGCUGGCGCUGCUUGACCUCAGCAAGAACAACCUGCGCACCAUCAGCCGGGUGGCUCUCCGGCCCCUCAUCAGUCUUCAGGUGCUGCGAUUGACAGGUGAGCCGCCGCGCUGGCAGCUCUUCUGGCGCCACCUGCAGGCCAGAAGUGCUGGUGAUAGCGCAGCCAUUUCAAAGCGGGCCUCUGCUGCCUACUUCUCUUAUUGCCCCCAAGGUAGAAAAGCUGGGGUAGGCAGGAGGGAUGCAGGCAUGUCAGGCUGGGAGGAAAUCUCUGCAAGAGCCACAAAGAUUUACUUGUAGGAAACGGUGGUUUUUUUGUGCAGCAGCACCUGCAAUUCUGGAACCCCCUGCCUAUUAACAUCAAGUACAGCCUUCCCUGUGCUUUUUUCGGCACUUGCUAGAAACAUUCUUUUUUAGACACGUAGAAUGCUGAGGUGUGUUUUAAUCCUGUUCUUAGUUUAUUGCUGAUUUUAUAUUCUGGAUGUUUUAAAAGAGUUGUUUUCAAUGGUAAUUUUUAUUGUUUUAUCCUCUUUGUAAACCACUUUGAGUGUUGUUGUUUCAACAAUCAAGCCGUGUGCAAAUUUUAUGAAAUGAAAAUAAAUGUGGCCCCAUGGGCUGGAAAAGGUUCCUCAUGCCUGCCCUACGAGCAGCUACAGAUUCCAGGAUUUGGGUGAAGCCUCAGUUAGUUUGACUGAGUAUUCUAUUUUUUUUUAUUGGAAAUUUUAUUUACAACAUAACAUAAACCCCCCACCCCCCAAUACAGAAAUCCACCCUCAUUAAACGUGAACAUAACAUACAAUGAGCAAAACAUACAACAAUACAAACAAUACAACAACCAAAUAAAAGACUUCCUUUAUCUUGUACUUGGCCUCCUUAUUUACUUCUUAUAAGCUGUUUCCUUUAUGAAUAAUUAUUAAGAUUUUUCUAAUUAUAACUUAAAUAUCCACAAAGUCUCCUGCAGACAUUAAUUGAAACAAGUCCAGGUAUGUAUUUUAGGGCACUGUUUUGUAUUCUCUGCAUUUCCCCCAUGCUUUUUGAAAUUCUUGUCCACUGUGAUCUCUAAUUGCCUCUGUUAAUCUAGCCAGUUCAAUAUACUCAGUUUGUCUUGGCAUUCCAUUUUUGUUGGUAACAUUUUUGUUACCACAAAGAUGAUAAAAAUCUCCAUCUUUAUAACAAAUUGAAAAGGAUAUUUAAAUACACUUUCCCGAAAAAGCCGGAAGCUUUCUUGCUAGGCUUGAUGGGAGAGGAAAUAGAAAAAGCAGAUCAAAGGUUAUUUAUGUAUGCUACGACUGCUGCCAGAGCUUUGUUAGCCCAAAAAUGGAAAGCACCAGAAUUACCAACAAUAGAGGAGUAGAGGCAGACGAAGAUGGUUGAUUACGCGGAACUAGCAAAACGGACCUGUAGAAUCCGAAAUCAGGAGGAAGCAAAAUUCCAAAAAGAUUGUGGAGUAAAUUUAUAGAGUACAUAAAUAACAACUGUAGAAAUUUGAAGACUCCGGCAGGACUGAAAUAAAUCUUACGAUGUAGAUAGGAUUGGAUAAAAUAAGAAACGGUGGAAAAAGUAACUGACAUAAGAAAACCUGUUGAAGGGAAGUCGAUGCUCAGCACAGUGUGGGGAAAGAAUGUGGGAAAAUUCAACAAUCGCCAACAACCCUUGGCUAUUGUUGAAUUUUACUGUAUUUUGUUUGUUUGUAUUAAACGAAACACCAAUAAAAAGCAUGUAUAUAUAUAAAAAAUCCUGCUUGUGGAUUUCCCAUAGGGGCAUCUGGUCUGAGAGAUGUUGGGCUGGAUGGGCCAUUGGCUUGAUCCCACAGGCUCUUCCUAUAUUCUUAUUUUGCAUGGGGCUAUGGAGUGGAGAGUGGUGGGGAGGCAGUGGGAAACUCCUGGGGUGACACUGACUUGUAACCAGACCCACCCCCCUUUCUCUCCCUUCCUUCCUCCUGGCAGAGAACCCUUGGCGCUGUGACUGCUCCCUGCACUGGCUGAGCUCCUGGAUCAAGGAGGACGGGCAGCGGCUCCUGAGCCCCCAGGACAAGAAGAUCGUGUGCGCGGAGCCCCCUCGCCUGGCUUACCAGAGCCUGAUGGACGUCUCCGGCAACAGCCUCAUCUGCAUCCCGCCGGUCGUGCAGGUCGAGCCCCUGGAAGUGACGGCGCGGCUGGGCGACGACCUGCGCGUUUCCUGCCAGGCCUCGGGCUACCCGCAGCCCCUGGUGACGUGGCGCAAGCUGGCGCACUGGCGGGGGGCCGGGGGUGCCAAGGCCAGCGGCUCCCGGCUCCCAGGUGGCACCUUUGCCCUGAGCGAGCGCAGCGUGGGGGAGCGCUUUGAGCAGUCGGACACGGGCAGUGGGAUGCUCUUCCUCAACAACGUGACGGUGGCCCAUGCCGGCAAGUACGAGUGUGAGGCUUCCAACCCGGGUGGGACGGCCCGGGUCCUCUUCCACCUCAUGGUCAACCUCUCCCAGCAGCAACAGCAGCAGACGUCGCGAGGCUACCCGGCCUCUGUGGACAUCAGCCAGGAGCCCCUCUACGACAUGGAGAGCAUGGACUUCAACGCCCUCAGCAUGGCCACGCAGACGGCCAUCGCCGUGGCCAUCUCCCUCUUGGCCCUGGUGGCCCUCCUGCUGGUGAUCAUGAUCUACCGGAAGCACCGCAAGCGGAAAAAGGCCAAAAAGGAGGAGAACAUCCUCUACGUCAACGACUACUCGGAUGGGCCUACCACCUUUGCCCAGCUGGAGGAGUACCGGGACGAGAGGGGCCACGAGAUGUUUGUCAUCGACCGCAACAAGCCCCUCUUCGCCACCUACAAGGACCCCCAGGGCCUGGUGGGGACCUUCCCCGAGCAGCUGCAGGAUCAAGCCACCCAGACCUUGGAAGGGGAAGAAGAUGGCCCCCCGGAAGCCAGCGAGCUCUUUGUCAACCAGGGACUCAUGUUCCAGCCUCAGAUUGCUUACGAAAUCCACUGCUGAAGGAUUUUGGGCAGGCGGGGAGAGCCCACAAGCAAGGUGCCCAGGAAACCUUUGGGGUGGGUGGACUCCCCCUCCCCCUGCCCCCUUAGGGGAGCUGCUUCCUUGACCUUUCACCUCCGCCCUGGCCUUCCCGAUAGGUCUGCCUUCUUUGCGGUUUAAGGUGAUGCAGGAGUGGAGCCCGCGAUGCUUCGGUGACCAUUAGUGGCACCCACAGGGGAGACGGGGGAUUUCUUUCUAAGCCUCUCCCCUGGGAGCAAUCUCACCCCACAUGGCUGCCAAGUGGAAGUAUGUCUCACCCUCUCGGCACCGUUCCUCAGGAGUAAGCACUCCCUCGUUCUCUCUGGAGCUUCUCAGAUGCUCUCCGCAAAGACAGGAGAGCGGUUCAAGAGGCCUCCAUAAGAAGGUCCAUUCAGAAAGUGUUACAGGCGGUGCUAUUUUUCUAGAAAAGGACGUGCCGGAACCCACCAUGAACACCUCCCUCGUUCUCUUAGAAUGGCAACUGCACCCACCUGAGAGGUGCAGGAACUGAGUUCUGGCAAGUUGCCCCUGAAAAAAAAGCUCUGGUUAUGGGGUACCGAACUGGUGGCCACUGAUGGACAGCAACAGGCCGCACCCCUUGAUUUAUCCCAGUCGCCCCCCAAUUUGCCCUCCAACGUGUACCCUGUGGUUGGACAGAAGGAAUUUGACUACUCAGCGAAUGAAAGAAAAACCACUUCCUAGGCGUAAGUUCAGUCUCUUGACAAGAAGCUGAUGGAAUCCAUAAAUGUCAUACACUGUGCAGUCUUGACUCUGUUUCCCCCCACUCUUUCACUGACCUUCAACUGACACUGUGGAGAUGAAGCCGGGUGGGGGGGCGACGGGGUAUACCUUCUGAGAACAGGGAGAGCUUCUCCGGCCGGAGGACAAGUGUGACAUUUGUUUUCCAAUUUGGUGUUUCGUUUUGUUUUUGUUUCGUUUUAAGGAUGAAGGAAAACAUACUGUGACAAUCACAAUGAGUUGAACAGCUCCACUGUAUUUGUAAGUCCCACAGGUAGACCCCCCCACCCCUCACCUGCACAGCCACCCCCACCCCCCUUUUCUGGUGCUACACAACUGUGGUUUUGCAGGAACCUUGAAAACUACAAGAAAUGGGGAGGUACCACCAGGCUCUGCCAGGAAAAUGGAAAUGGCAGCGCCGCAAAGCGAUCUGAGCAAACGAGAAGCCAAUAAAAUGUAGCUGGUGCCGGGGUGUGUGUGCCAAGGACCAGUAUUUCAUUUAUAUUAUUUACUUAUAAAUUCUUACAGCACA